AUGGCUGCAGGGGACCUGGCAGGGAAAUUCCAGGAGGAAGUGACUUGCUCCGUGUGUUUGGACUAUUUUAUGGAUCCAGUGACUCUUGGCUGUGGGCACAACUUCUGCCGUGGCUGCAUCAGCCAGUGCUGUGGGGAGCUGGAGCCAAAUGUCUCCUGCCCCCAGUGCAGGGAAACGGCCCUACAGAGAAACCUCCGGCCCAACAGGCAGCUGGGCAAUGUGGUGGAGUUGGUGAAACAGCUGAGGCUGCAGGCGGGGAGGGAGCCAGAGGGACAGCGUGUGUAUGAGAGGCACCAGGAGCUCUUCUGCCAGGAGAAUGAAGCCCCCAUCUCCCUGGUGUGUGAUAGAUCCCGGGUGCACAGAGAUCACACUGUGGUUCCAGUGGAGGAAGCUGUCCAGGACUGCAAGAAGCGGAUCCGGAGCAACCUGGAGUCCCUGAAGGAGGAGAGAGAGAUGCUGCAGGGCCUGAAAUGUGCAUGGGAGCAGGAGAGUGAAAGACUCCUGAGGCAGACGGCACUGGAGAGGCAGCUGCUGAUGUUCCAGUGCAAGGGGGUGCGGCAAGUCCUGGAGAAACAUGAGCGCAUCCUGCUGGCCCGGCUCAGAGACCUGGACACAGAGAUUGUGAGGAGGAGGGAAGAAAAUGUUGCCCGCCUGUGCAAGGAGACUGCUUGCCUGAGCACCCUGAUCAUGGAGCUGGAGGGGAAGUGUCAACAGCAGGAUAUCAGCAGCUCUGUGAGCAGGGGUGAGAUAAUGUCUCUGCAUCCAGCCCUCAAGUUCCCCGAGCUGGCGAAGAGAAUCCGUGAUUUCCGUGGAGAGAACAAGCUGCAGGAGGCUCUGACGAGAUCCCUGGAGCGGCUGGAUGCAGAGAGUGGAUUCAGAAGAGUCCAAGCACAUGCAGUGGACGUGACUCUGGACCCAGGCACAGCUCAUCCCAACCUUAUCCUGUCUGAGGAUCGGAAACGUGUGAGAGUUGGAGACAGACGACAGCAUCUGCUGGACAAUCCUGAGAGAUUUGAUACUUCUAUCUCUGUCCUGGGCUCGGAGGGGUUCACAGGCGGGAGGCACUACUGGGAGGUGGAGGUGGGAGACAAGACGAGCUGGGACGUAGGUGUGUGCAGGGAGUCUGUGCGCAGGAAGGGAAAGGUCACACUGACACCUGGCAAAGGGUACUGGGCCCUGUGUCUGCGGGAUGGGGGAUACAAGGCCUGCAUCUCUCCCCUGAUCCCUCUCCCUGUGCGUGUGUGUCCCAGGCGGGUGGGGGUUUUCCUGGACUACGAGGCGGGUGAGGUCUCAUUUUACAAUGUGACUGACAGGUCCCAUCUCUUCACAUUCAUUCACACCUUCUCUAGGACCCUGCGCCCUUUCUUCAGUCCUUGUGUUAAUGCUAGGGGCACCAACGCAGCUCCCCUGAUCCUGUGCUCAGUUCCAGCUCAGACCUGAGGGAGUCCCUGUCACUGCCAUGACAUGUGUGGCACAGACUGUCCCCUCCCCAUGCUGUCGUAUUGCCAGC